AUGAUUCGGCUUCUAGCAGAUGCUGGCGCCGAUUUGAACCACCGUGACAGUGAUGGCUUAUACCCAAUCCAUGUCUUAGCUUGCCGUUCUGCCGAUUGUCUCCGGACUUUGCUAGAAUAUCGCAGAAAGGUCGAUAUCGAGGCUAAGUCAUCAAGUGGUAUGACUGCGCUGCUACUGGCAGUAUCCUCAAACCCUGUUGAGCUGGAAAAUGUCAAAGUUCUUAUCAACGCAGGCGCCAACUUGGACGCAACAAACGAGAUGGGCCAUAUGGCAUUAUCAUGGACCUAUACCAGCAAUUACGAUAAGUUGGUAUCAUUAACGCUCCAGCAAGAAGACUUCGAUAUCAAUCUAUGUGCGCGAAGCUAUGGCAAUGCUCUCCACCAGGCCUGCAAAAACGGAAAAAUUGAUUUGGUCAAGAUGUUAGUCGACCAUGGUUCCGACAUCAACCUUUUGCUCAGAUGUAAUUACGGCACCCCCCUUCAAUGUGUCUGUUUAGCCAGUGAUGAUUCCAAUUAUGAAAAUAUCAAAGACAUAAUGCGCUAUCUUAUUGCGAACGGCGCCGAUGUGAAGGCAGAAGGUGGUCUUUUCGGGAGUGUAAUUGAUUCAGCUGCGAUGGUCGCAUCAUCAGACGCAAUCCGCCUGCUCUUGGAGCAUGGUGCUCCCCUCGACAUCAUGGAUGACAUGGGACGCUUGCCAAUACACCAUGCAUCUAUCAAUUACUUGGAUGUGUUCAAGAUCUUGGUCAAGGCCGGUGGUGAUAUCAGCGUCCGUGACAAACUCCGUCGCACCACGCUACACUGUGCAGCCCAAUAUGGAAAUGCCGAAGUAGUUGAACAUCUUCUUGAAAGGAUGGGGCCUGAAGCGGUCCAUUAUACGGAUAUUGAUGGGUGGACACCUUUAUGCUGGGUUGUCAGAGGAUUGGAUCGUUACUAUGAUUCGCACGAGGGAUCAACAGACCGAUUGAAGGUUGUCAGGCUUUUACUUGAGCAUAACGCUGACGUAUCUGCUCAAGGGACAAUUGGAAAAGAAAGUUUUUCAGUUCUCAAAAUUGCGAGGUAUAGCAAUGCAGACCCAAAGAUAUUUACUCUGCUGAGAAAGGGUAUUGGCGAGGAAGGGGCGACAAAAUACCCAAGAGGUGGUGCAGAGCCGCGCCGAGAUAACUCCCAUAGGAACAUCAAACAGCCAGCUAAAAGGACACAGACUUGCGAUUGUUGUCACGGGUGAGUUACACCUCCGUCCCUACCUAAUACCCCCUCGAUUAGUUAUUUAGUUAUUUCUAUCACAAUACUCUUUCGGUCAAUACGAGGAAUCGUAUACCAUUGCAAAACCUGCUAUGAUUUUGAUUUCUGUUGAAAAAUGUUAUCAUCAUCGAGAUAUCAUUCAUCCGGCCGCGAAAUAUCCCAACCACGAGUUUGAGGAAAUAGGACCGGGGUAUGAUCCCUCGCCUCCACAAAGCAGAAAGGGUUCCAUCCUAUCGUUAUCAUCCUCCUCCUUCUCCUCUGGGUGGGGUGGGGGUUCAGAGGAAGACGAUGCCAACAAGGUGGCAGCCAUCGAUGAGGAGCGGGAUAGUGAAGAUGACUAA